AUUAUUAUAUUUAUGGGUUCGUUGACAUUGUUAGCGGACAAUACAUAUUCGCAAUGCAUUUCUGUUGUUUUUGUGACUACAUGUGUACAAAUUUUCUUUUUAUUUUAGAACAUAAUAUUCCACUCAAACUCGAUUUAAUGUUUAAUUAGAAUCAUCAAUUAUAAUUAUUGAAUCAACUGCAACCUACACGGCACUUUAAUAAAUAAUGAUACAUUAACAGCAAUAAAUAAUCAAAUGAAAACCAGCACAUGAACACCUAAUUGAAUGAUUUAUUAUCUCGAUCAAGAAAACUUAAUUAGUACGAGUACUUAACGAAAAAUAAUGCACAAACAAAAAACCGUCACUUAGCAACCUUGAGACGAACUAGAAUUCAAUACUAAAUAAAUUGAUGUCUUACAUUUCCAAGUAAUUAGAAUUUGCACAUAGCAAGCCGCGGUUCUCUAGUUUCGUAAUAAUUUAUUAAAACAAGCGUUAUUGAAACUGGAAUAAGUAGACUGAAUCAGCAUAAAGGCGUAACCGCGUAACAUCGAGAGUCGUCUCACCUCUCGCACAUACGUAGCCAUUGCCAUAUGGACUCGAUGCAUAUUAAUGUGGACCGCAUAACUCCUUACCUCCAACAAUGUGGUUACGACACUUCCUGGUACGAAGCAAGCCCGAGCUACAGGAAACAAUACGACAAACAAAGCCUGGGCGAUUUACUUAGACCUAUAGAAAGUGGUAAAAAUGUUUUAUGAAUCCUUUAGGGUCGACACAAAAAAGUGUUGUUUAACUGCGAGCAAAUAAAAAAGAACAAUGGUACUCCAACUUAUUACCUGGCGGGAUGAGUCCCUAAGUGUGACAUUGCAUAAGCUUGCACGAUGCAAAAUAACAUUAUCACACUGUUAUCAGAACUCGUCACUACUAAUGAUAUCAAGUAAGAUCACAGAAAACAACUUGUUGACCAAACAAGGACACAUGUGUUUUCAGACAAUCAUGACGUUUUCUUACCUACUCGAUAUUGUUUAAUUCUGUCAUCAAUAUUCAUUUAAUGCCAUGGUCGUACUGAUUCAAUAAACAUACGUUUGACAGUCGCGAAAUUGUGACUUAAUAACAACAAUUUUGUUCAAAAACGUGUUUAAAAACGUUUUAUAAUGUCUUCCUACGUAAAAUGGACAUUUGAAUACACAAAAUUACGAAAGAAUUUCGGUAGGGAACCACUGUUUCAGAUGGUACCAGCCACCAUGCUGGACUCGAUUUAUCCUAACGAAGAAGAUCAAAAGCAAUACAUGCUACGUAAUCCAGUGCACCGUGAAGUACAAGCAACGUACUGUGCAUCCGAAAAUACGACAAACACGCCACUGUUAAAAACCCACGAACAAAGCGUAAACCAUACCGAGGGUGGCUGGCCUAGAGAAGUCAACCCUUACAACGAGGAUCAUGUUCAAAGACAUCGUCGCAGAAUUAUGCACGAAGAUAACUACAUACAGUCCGUACAAAACUUGUCAACGUCGUUGUUCCACUGUAUAGACCAAAACAAUGCCAUUGAAAUGUACGAAACAUAUUAUGGUAAAAUGGCCGAGCAGAAACCUGUAGAAAAAUAUGACAUACGAAUCGCUAACGUGUUCCGCGACGAACAGCAAAGACCCAUAUCGUGUGUCAAGUGGACAAAUGAAAAACGUGCUAAACUAGCGGUUGCUUACUGUUUCAAAACAUGCAUGCCAGAACCAGAGCUAAACAAGAUUAAUGAUUGUUUUAUAUGGGAUGUUCACAGACAAACAAAACCAGUGUACGUUCUUAAACCUGAAUACCCUUGCUGGCAACUAGCGUGUUCUCCCUCAAAUCCUGAACUGUUAAUUUGCGGCCUCGAAAAAGGCAUCGUUAAUGUAUUCGAUGUACGUGUAGGCGAAGCAGCUGUGUCAUCUAGCUCUGUCUACAAUUCACAUCGCGAAGGAGUAACAUCACUACUUUUCAUACAUUCUCGCACACAGUCUGAAUUCUUUACUGGCUCAUCCGAUGGACAGUGUCUUUGGUGGGAUCUACGCAACCUUUCUCAUCCUCUAGAUCAGUUACCAAUGUCAGUUAGAUACCGAGCAUCAGAAAAACCCGGUCUAAACAACGCAGAGGGAGUAAGUGCGUUGGAAUUUGAUCACGGCUUGCCAACGAAAUUCCUUUGCGGAACCGAAACUGGUUUAGUAAUUAAUGCAAAUCGCAUGGGAAGAAGUCAUAGCGAUAUUUUAGUUUCCUAUUGGAACGCCCAUGAUGGAUCUAUACAAGCCGUAGAAAGAAGUCCUUGUACAUUUAGAAUGUUUUUGACGUGUGGAGAUUACACGGUUAAGGUGUGGAGCGAGGAAGUUCGCACCGAACCUAUCAUUGUAGCACGGCCUUAUAACCAUUUAGUGUCUGAUGCCGCUUGGGCUCCUUUGAGAUUUUCGUCUUACAUGUCGAUUUGUUCCGGUGGCUUCUUUUAUUACUGGGAUCUAUUGCGUAAAUAUAAGGAGCCAGUAAUGACUCUCCAUGUAUCUAAACAUGGCCUUACGAGAUUGUCACCUCAUUCGGGCGGGGAAUCAGUAGCUAUUGGAGACUGUAAAGGAUCUGUAUACUUACUGCACCUGUCAGAAAAUAUGUCAAUACCGGGGAAUCGUGAUAAGGUACUUAUGAGUCAGGUUUAUGAACGAGAAACCAAACGAGAACACAUACUAGACAAUCGUGUAAAGGAAAUUCGGUUGAAAGCCAGAGCUGAGGAAGAAGGAUUAGCUAAUGAAAUACCAGAGGAAAUUACUGAUGAGGAAGAAUUGGACCAAAUGACUCAAGAAGAAUAUUUUCGAAUUGUCGAAGAGGAACUAAAAAACAUGGACGUAAAUUCCGACCAAGAAGGUGGAUAGUUACUUUUCCUUAAUAAAUUAAUGCUUGUAUUACUAAUAAUACGUACACAUGUUGUUUAAUUAAAUAUAUUCUGCUAUAUAAGUUUUCAUCAAAUUAAUGUCCAAAAAUAAUCUGGUCGCGUAAGUUAAUUUUGAGUAGUCAAGAAGAACUUGGUCUGCAAAAUGGUUAUCGCUCGGUUGUCUACCAAAGAACGAAUGAGUAUUUUUAUCACAUACUUAAAACUUUAUCUUACUUCAAACGUGUAUUUAUAAAACCACACCUGACUCAAGAAUAAACGGAGAAAAUGAAUUACUUCACGGUAUGUAGGUACCUAGGAACGAUAUGAGAUGUUUAAUGUUUAUAAAAUGCCACAACCUUAGUCCGUAACCUUUGUGAAAUAACUGAUUCAUGUAUUAUUGAAGUGACUCGGAGGCUUACUGGCAUAAACGCUUUGUACACGGCUUGACUGAGUAGCUAACAAAGAGAUUACUGCUUGUUAGUGAUUGAAUAUUAACUACAGGUUAUAAGUAAGCGGAAAUAUAAUUUUGUCUGUCAUGUAGAGUAACAUGUUUACAAUUUACAAGAACAGCAGUCCCGGAUGUUUAGUAUCGAGAAGCCCGCAUGUCUCACAGCAAAUCCGGUGGCUCGGCAGCAAGGGCCAUGACCGCCGAUUUGUACAAAACGACAAAUCUAACGUGAGCCGUCAGAUUUCAAUAGAGAUGCCCCUUUGUGAACAUAUCUGAUGAAUUAAUAAGAGAGGCGGGGGAGCUCUCAUUAGAAUGGUGGCGUAAAUUACUCGAGCCUCGUGAGUUGCGUGAAUACAAAAGUGCGUCACCGGCAACUUUCACCGCUUGGUACUUACCACUCCAGGCGCAGGCGCACGCACCGAGCAUGCCAGCCUCGAUCCCAUUCAACGUGCCUACAAAUAUUUGCUUUUUAUAUCAGCACAUUCAAGUUAAAAUAUGGCCGGGUGUAUGAUCCAAGCUGCGACCGAUAUCCACGGCAGGAACAUCUUACGCAACCUUUUCCAAACUUUCAAAUUAAUUAUUUAAUUAGAAACUUCAAACAACUACAAACUUCAAAAGUAAAGAUAUCUUAGCAAAAUUGCUUAAGUAUCUAAACGUGUUCCUGAAACAUCGUAGUAAAAUGUUAAUUAGUAAUUAGUUAGGUAAUCUAAUUUGUUACAAAAGUACUGGAUAUAUUUUAACGUUCAUCUUAAGUACGAUACUGAGAUUAACGAGGAAUGCGUUGAGUACCUCGACUAUGUAGGUUAAUGUCUAGCAAUCCAGACCUCAGUACGUACAAAUAGCGCAGAACAUAAUAUUAUAUGUGCCUAUAAAUUGUACCUGUGCAUAUCUAAAUAAUAAGUGCGAUAGACUCACUGCUAUACAAGUAUAACUAACCACAGAUUAUAAAUACCUGCGUACAUUAUACUGGAUCGAUUAUGAUUGCUACGUUCGUUUCGUUUCUGCAAAUUAUAACCAUAAAGAAUUGUACGGUCUAAAGGAAAAUCAACUUUAUAUAAGUUAGUAAUUGUGUUAAAAAUCGAUUGAUAAAGUAUUUGUUAUACAACGUGGUCGGUAAAAAAAUGAAAAUCAAUAUUCCAUACUUAAUAUAUUUUAUGCUUCUAAAAUGUAGCUGCACGUUUACGUACUGUUUAGGUAUUAAAAUACCGUUCUUA